AUGUGUCCAUCUCCGCUGUUUAUUUCUGAAGAUCUCAUUGCUGAGGUCUUAUCUGUUCUUAACGUGAAAUCUAUUCUUCGAUUCAGAUGUGUUAACAAGCACUGGGAUACUCUCAUUUCCGAUCCAACUUUUGUGAAGUUGCAUCUCAAGCAAUCAGCAAAACGAAAUCCUCAUGUCAUUCUAAAGAGCGAUCAUACCAAAUCAAUCCCAGGUGAGUCACCCUAUGGCAGUGAUGAUGAGAGUGAGUGUGCCAGAGGUAUCAUUCCCCAUUCCAUAAGCAGUUUAAUUGAGAAUCCUUCGUUCACUGUUUAUGUCGACUCUUUCUACAUUGUGGAAGACAAAGGAUGCUCUAGUAUGGUUGGUUCUUGUAAUGGAUUGAUCUGUUUGGCUGGUUUUACAACCACAAGGGAGUAUUUAGAGGAUUGGUUCCGGUUAUGGAACCCAGCCACCAGGACAACAUCUCCAAAAUUUGGAUUCUUACGUUUAUUUUACAAUCGUCCUGACUUCACUUCCUCCUAUGCUAAUGAUGGCUAUUAUAAAUUCACCUUUGGUUGUGAUGAUUCUACGGGCACUUAUAAGGUGGUGGCAUCGCGUCACAAUGAUCGUGAGUUGAGAAGCAAUGUGAGAAUUUUAAGUUUUGGUGAUAGUGUUUGGAGGGAAAUUGAAAGUUUCCCUGUUGAUCCUUUGUGUUUGCGCUCAUGUUGUGAUAAUGGUGUGUCUUUCAAAAGCACUCUUAACUGGUUGGCUGUUCAUAAUACAAUUUUCUAUAUUGGUGAUGAUUAUAAGGAUAUUACUAUUGAUCAAUUUUCUAUUGUUUCGCUUGAUUUGAGGUCAGAGACAUACAAUCAGUACUUAGUGCCUCAUGAAUUUGAUGAAGUUCCACCUAAUGCUCCAAUUAUUGGUGUGCUGGGAGACUGUCUUUUUUUUUCUUCUCGUUAUAAGGAAACCGAUAUUAUUAUAUGGCAGAUGAAGAAAUUUGGGGUUCAAGAUUCUUGGACUCAAUUUCUUAAAAUUAGUUGUCACUCUCUUCAAAUUGAUUAUGAUUAUAGUGAAUAUAUGAAGUAUCAUUUUAAAUUGGUUCCAUUAUUUCUUUCUAAGGAUGGUGAUACACUGAUACUGUAUUGCAUUCUAGAACAUCCGACAAUUCUCUAUAAUUGGAGAAAUAAUAGUGUAGUGCGAACAAAUAUUACUGCAAGAAAAAUAAUUACUGAUGAUGAAACUUCAAAUUGUAUCUCAUGCUCAGCCAAUGGCUAUUUUGAAAGCUUAGUUUCAGUUUUUGGAGUGUAA